AUGAUGCUUCAAACCCAUGUGGAUGAUUCCAUUCUUCAAGCUUUCACUAGCAUGAAGAUGGGAAAGGGUUCCUACAAGGACCACAAGAUGCUUGUAUUGGCCAUGAAUGAAAACGCUCUUCAUAUUGAUGAAGAACUUUCCAACGCUUCAUCUUUGGAGGCUUUGGCUGAACAACUUCCUAUGGAUCAUACUCGAUAUAUUUGCUAUCACUUGCAUUUUGAGAAACCUGCUUCUUCCUCACUCCCAGAUACUGCCUCAGAAGGACUGAGAAGUAAGAUCAUCUUUAUUGUUUGGUGUCCUUCGAAGGUAUCUGUAAAGGAAAAGUUUCAAGUGGCUGCCACUAGUAAGACUGUUAAGGAUAAAUUGAAUGGAAUCUUUGUGACUCAUCAUGCCUCUUCAAAGAGUGAUCUUGAGGAGGGACCAAUGAUUGAGAGAUGUUUGGCUAUUAUGAAAUAA